CACUCAGUGCUGUUCUUGAUAAGUGUACUCUUUAAGCCCCGUCAGCUACUUGAGCCAUCCUUUCUCUCCCUUGACUCUGGUAACCAUCAGUUUGUCCUCUAUAGUUAAGAUUCUCUUUCUUGGCUGACUGUGCUGCUUCUCUCCAAUCCGUGGUGGGAGCACCUUUUCCACAGGACAUCAGUGCAAGCCUGAAUAAGAAAAACAAUUUCUUCUUCCUAAGCCAUGGCUCAUCAGUUGUACAGAAAUACCUCUUUGGGAAACAGUCUCCAGGGUAGCCUUAUAGUCUCAACAGAUCACCAACCCCCCCACCAUCAAGUUGCCCUUCAAGUUCUACCUCAUUUUGAUAAAGCUAUAAAUUCAGUAUUGGUGCAGAGGGUCAGGAACAGAGUCAGUUUCAGGAGCUCUCUAAAUACAAACAGAUUCUGUGAUAAUGAGUGGAAUUUUGUAUUGAAUGAUGUUGAAUUCAGAAAGGUGACAGAACUUACUAAAGUGGAUAAAGUGAAAAUUGUAGCCACUGAUGAUAAAGAUACUGGCUCCAAUUCUACAGAACGAAUAGAAAAAAAAUGGCUUUUUAAUGACAUCUUCUUUUAUUAUUCAUCUCUUUUUUGAAGAGAAGCAUAGCAGAGACUUUAAAUUUAUUCUAUCAUCGCAGAAAUGACUGCACUAUGCUAGAUAUACUAUCAGAAUUCUGGUAGAAAGAGGCUUAUAACUACAACCUCUGUUAUUACCUUUUCAGUGUGAAGAAACAGAAGUUUUUCUUUUUCUUUUUUUUUAAUAUUGUUGCCUUCCUAAGAACAUUCUUGAAUAAACUCAUUUUAACCCCCCCCCAA